CAUCCAAAAUGCUAUCCAAUACUUAAUAAUUGACCUCUCUCAGUAUUCAGAAACAGAUGGCUCAAGAGAUGAAUGAGCCUGCAAUGAACAUCAUAGAGCAGUCUCAAGUUGCUCCUCCACAGGGCUCCCUUCCUUCAACAAUUACCCCCCUCACUUUCCUCGACAUUCCAUGGCUCCUCAGCCGCCACGCCAGACGCAUCUUCUUCUACGACUUUCCCUUUCCUACCACCCACUUCUUGCAAACAGCACUUCCUAUUCUGAAACAUUCUCUUUCCCACACACUCCAACACUUCUUCCCCUUUGCCUCCAAUCUCAUCCUCCCUCCACACCCCCACGUCCCUUACAUCCGUUACCUUGAGGGUGACUCUCUCUCAUUCACUGUCGCAGAGUCCAGUCCUGCAGACUUCACUCUUCUCACAUCAGAUUCCCCUCGAGACUCCUAUGACUGGCAACCCCUUGCUCCGGUGCUACCCUCGCAACGUACUUCUCACGACGGCACGUGCGAGUUCCCCCUCAUGGCCAUUCAGGUAACGAUGAUACCAAACUCUGGAUUCAGCAUCUGUGUUAUCUUCGACCACGUUGCAGGAGAUGGGAGAACCCUUCAUCAUUUCAUGAAGUUUUGGGCCUCCGUUUGCAAGGCCAAAGGAGAUUUGGAUUUCCCUUGCUCUAUGCCUCUACCCUUAUAUGAUAGGAACAUAGUCAAAGACCCCAAAGGGCUCAUGCACGUUUACAUGCAAGACCUGAGAAAUUCAGCGUUGCUAACUAAACAGUUCCGAGGGGUUUUACGUGGUGUUUACACUGACAAGGUACGUGCGACUUUCAUAUUCAGUAGCGAACAAGCUCAGAAAUUAAAAAAAUGGGUCUCUCUUAAAUGUAACGGUUCGCGGACUUUACAUAUAUCAACCUUUGUGGUGACAUGUUCUUUGAUAUGGGUGUGUAUGCUCAGAUCAGAACAAAAGGAAAAGGAAGGUAAUAAUGAGCCAGGCAACAUCGGAUUUUCCGCAGACUGUCACAACCAUCCUCAGUUUUCAUUACCUUCAAACUACUUUGGGAAUUGUUUGAUCCCUCUCAUUACAAGGCUAAAGAGGGGUGAGUUGGUGGAACAAAAUGGGAUUGUUGCAGCUGCAAAUGCCAUUGAAAAGAAGAUUAGAGAUUUCAAGAGUGAUGCUUUGAGAUGGGCCGAAACAACGAUGUCAGAUAUUAGAGGCUUAAGGAAAUCUGGUCAAUCUCUUGUAGUGAUUGUUGGCUCGCCAAAGCUGACCGCGUACAACACUGACUUUGGUUGGGGGAAGCCCGUGAAGUCUGAAGUGGUGAAUCUUGAUUCUGUGGGAACAGUUUCUCUCUCUGAUUGUAGGGACCAAGAAGGUGGAAUUCAGGUUGGAAUGGUACUCGAGAGGAUUCGAAUGAACAAUUUCACCAGCAUCUUGGAAGAACACCUUAGUCAUGUUGCCGUUCUUGACUAAUUAAACCAUUCACGUAUUAGUCAUCAAUAAACUGUAUCUUUCACGCUCUGCGUUUAAUUUGUUUGUUAUACUCUUUUAUGGUUUUAAAUAAAUAUUAAAAGUAUUGUUGUUCGGUAUGAAAAUACAGCUUAAU